AUGGCCCUGGCCGUGAACGCAGACUGGAACAACACGAUCAUAUAUGGCACAGACGGACGCUGUAAUGGCCUUGAAGCUGCUCAGUGUAGCUUCAGUCGAGGCGGCCUGUUCAACGAUACCCUUUCCACCACCUGGGAAAAUCCUCCCACACCCUCUGCUGCCGAGUUUCGUCCAGCAGAUGGAGGCACGUUGAGCGCGGCAGCUUUCGGCGCCGACACGAUCAUCCUCAGCAACACAGCAGGCGAGUUGACGGACUUCACAUUCUUCACCCCACGCUCUGGUGACCUUCCGCAGUCAGGUCUCGGUUUAGGACGCAACAGCACUUUCUUGGAUAGUCUAUUCAGUGCUGGCAAGAUAGCGUCCCGCACAUGGUCACUCUUCUGGGGCUUGGAAGGCGGCGACCAUGCCGAUACCGCGGAUGGGUCUUUGACGCUUGGCGGCUACAACAUGGCUAAAACCACUGAACCCAAUAUCACCCAGCCAUUCAGUUCACUUGCGGAUAUGACUCAAUGUCCAAGCAGCAUGAUAGUCUUCGUCACAGAUAUCCAGGUCAAGCACUCCAACGGGACAUCCAUCUCGCUCUUCGGGGAUGGAAAAGGCAAUGCUUUGCGAACUUGCAUCAAGCCAGAUAUACCACUUAUCACAUUCCCCAGCGACAUCUGGAACGCCUUCAAAGCAGCCAUCGGUGGUACCUAUAUCGGGCCGAGCAACAGCUACAAACUGUGGGGGAUGAGAUAUGCAACCCAAGACAUCUUCGACGGCGACCUUCAGUUUGUCCUCAGCUCCGGACUUGAGCUGACAGUGCCAAACAGCCAAUUCGUGGUGCCAGACGUACAGGUUGAUAAGGCGGGACAAAUGCAGAUUCCCAACGACACCAUCAAAGAAAUCCUUGUCUACAACCUGGAGGAUAGCAAUGUGAAUGACAUGCCACUACUCGGCCAGGUCUUUCUGACCUCAGUAUACAUGCAUGUUGACAACGAGCGGGAGCAGUUUACCCUGUGGCAGGCCAACCCGACGGCCGACGAAGAUCUCGUCGCUGUUCAAAGCACAAGCGUGAGUGUCUGCAACUCUACCACGCCAAAUUUAGUGGGGAAUGGAACACCCUCUGCGUUGCCCAAAAAGCCCCCUUCGACAGGUGCGAUCGCAGGCGCAGUCCUGGGGCCUGUCUUCGUCAUUGCUCUAGGACUCCUCGUUUGGUAUUUCGUCGCACGCCGGAAGAAGGGUCAGUUGCCCAGUACCGCACACCGGCAAUCUCUGCUGCACGAUACCCACAAAGAGAUGGUAUCCGCCGGCUAUGGUCCUAGACUUGCGUACGAGAAUGCCUGGCAGUCUCAUCAGCUUCAUGGAACAUCCAAGCCGUUAGAGCCGCAUGAAGUCGGAGGGGCUCAAAUCCACGAGAUGCAUCCAGAUUAUGUGUCGCCUCGGUAUGAACUCUAUGGUAGUGCCAGCAGCAUAUGA